AUGUCUAAGGCUUCACUUCUCUGUUGCGUUUUCCUGGGCCUUGUGCUCUCCUCUCUUGCUCAUGCAGAGCAACCCAAGAUUGGAACUUAUUUCCUCGAGAGAGGAAAUUUCCAAGUCAAGUUGACUAACUUUGGUGCAACUAUUAUGUCUUUUAUUGUACCAGAUAAAGAUGGAAACUUAGCUGAUAUUGUCCUUGGCUACGAUUCUGUUAAGGAUUACAAUAACGAUACAACAUAUUUUGGUGCACUUGUUGGACGAGUGGCCAAUAGAAUUGGAGGAGCUAAAUUCUCUUUGGAUGGAAAAACCUACCAUUUGCCUGCUAAUGAUGGAAAUAACACACUCCACGGAGGACCUAAGGGUUACAGUCAAGUUGUAUGGAAUGUAGCAUCCCACAGAGAAGACAGUCAUAUCACAUUUACCCAUUUCAGUCCCGACGGCGAUGAAGGCUUUCCGGGAAAACUUGAGGUUUCUGUGACUUAUGCUUUUUUCCAAACAAACAAAUUCAUUGUAAUGAUGCAAGCCAAGCCCAUUGACAAAGCCACACCAGUGAAUCUUGCUCAACAUACUUACUGGAACCUGAGGGGCCAUAAUAGUGGAGACAUUCUCUCACAUACCAUUCAACUAUUUGGUUCAAAAAUCACACCAGUAAACGACCAACUCAUCCCCACAGGUCACUUCAAGGAAGUUAAGGGAACCCCAUAUGACUUCCUUGAACCUAAAGAGAUUGGCAGUCAGAUUCAUGAUCUCCCUGAGGGCUAUGACAUAAACUAUGACUCGGUUUCUGGGAGGAAGAUGGAACUAUGGUCAAACAAACCUGGUGUACAGUUUUAUUCUAGCAAUAUGUUGAAGAAUGAGAAAGGUAAGGAUGGAGCUAUUUACCGCAAGUAUGCUGCUAUUGCGUUGGAGACACAGGGCUUUCCAGAUUCGGUGAACCUCCCAAAUUUCCCAUCACAGAUUGUUAAACCAGGAGAGAUAUACAAGCACUUCAUGGUUUACAGAUUCACUGCUGAGUAG